CUAUCAGAUGUGACAGUUAGCUUAGCUGGUUAGCGGCGCUCGCGCGGAAUCCGUUAGAGCACAGAGCGGCUCGCGGAGCGGUCCGAUACACCGCGGUUUAUCUCUGCAUAAUAAUAAACCGAGAGUCCUGUACAUCUCCUCCUGUCUCUACAAUGUGGAACAACGUGGAUCUGUUGAUCAAUGAGGAUACAAACACGGUGCGGCUGUGCAGUGAGUCCGAUCAGGGGAGCGCCCUGUAUCAGGUGGACACACUGGUCAAGAUCUCCUCAUCAGAGAAGGUGCCCUCGAAAUCCCGGCUCUACGCGUGGAACAGUCCGAGCUGCUGCAUCGUCGUGGCCGAUACCACCGUGGUCCUCUUCGACUCCGGUCACCAGACCGUCCUGCUUCACCUCUAUUUCGAUAGCGUAGUGGAUGCUGUGAGCGUCUGCCCUCGCGGACAGUUUUUGUUUGUGGGCGAGAGGAACGGAAGUCUUCACAUUAUCUUCGUGCCGCUGAAGAAGACCAUCCUGAGCAAAGACUUGCAGCAACACCAUUCGAACGGCCACGAAGCGACCUACAAGUGCCUCAUCCUACACGAAGCACCGAGACGUCCAGGAUUAUUCCAUCUCUUUGUCAUCGUCCGUGAUGGGUUCUUGCAUAUAUCCAAUCUGGCGCUGGAGAAGUCGCAGAAAGCAAUCGAAAGCAUGGACCUAACUACCCUUAAUGAGAUCCAAGCACAGAUACACAUGGACUUCUGCUCCACUAAGGAGAUCAGCAAAGACGGCUGUAGCUCAGCAGCGCUGGCUUUCUUCGGCGAUGAACUCCACCUCAUGAUCGGGGCUGAUGGGGAGAACAUCAUUUCUCACUGGUGCAUGGAGCACGACCAGAGGUCACUCUCGCUCGGCAACGUUCUGGACUCGACUCUAAUGCCAGGUGUGAGAAGGAUUCAGGUGGUGGAUAAUUUGAUGUACGUGCUGGAUGAGGAGGGCGUGCUGAGUUUGUUGGAGAUGCGAUCGCUCGUCAUGCUGUGCUGCUGGCCUGAUCUCUUCAUCCUCGACUUCCUCCUCAUCACAGAAGGAGAUUCGACCUCCAUCGGGACGCAAGAGGGAACGAGCAUCAAGAUCAUGACGUUGACCACCGUUGAGAACAAGCCUCAUGCCAGGAAGCUCUUGGUUCAGUCUCUUCCGGCGAUGGACGUCCUGUACUCGCUCGAGGUCUCGGCCGUGUCGACGCUGGUACAGAAAACCACCAGUAUGGACGUCGUCUAUUUGCUGGAGGCCGUUUCGGAUCGUUCGGAGAGCAAUGCUGAGGGUUCGACGUUGGGUUUGGUCCUGAGAUGCUUCACGGAGGCUCUGCCCGAGAACAGGUUGAACCGGCUUCUCUAUAAACACAAGUUUGAAGAAGCCGAAAAGUUCGCCAUAGCCUUCGAGCUUGAUGUUGAGCUGGUGUACAAGGUGAAGCUGGACUUUGUGCUGGAGAAGCUGGCGUCGGUGUCGCUUCAUGAACACGGUGCUGAGCUUGUCGAGGAGGCCAAAACGAACCUGAUGAAGAUCGUGGACGAGCAGUACGUGGUGCAGUACUGCCUCAACGCCUUCUGGCCCACGCUCGGUACGGCCGAGGAGAUGCUGAACUACGCGGCCGGCCGCUUCCCGUCCUCCCAGAUCCAGUCGGCUCUGGCCAGACUCGCCACCUUCUGCAGCCUCUACGGCUCGGACAACUUCAGCGGCGUGUCCUGGAUCGAGUUCCUGAACUGCGGGGAUUACCCGAACAAAGUCCUCACCCUUCUGAGGGAGGGAAACCUCAACAGGGCGCAGUACCUGUGGCUACGACACGAGGCCGAGUUUGCCACGGAGUUCACAGAGAAAUCCCUGCACGCUCUGUUAAACUCCGUCCCAUCAGACACCCCGUCUCAGGAGCUCAGUACCUGGUUAAAGGGCGUGGUGGUGCCCUUCAUGUGGAGAGUGCUGCCGAAAGGACAGAGGAUUUUGGCCAGAUGGUUGGAGCAGCGCGCCAGAGAUCUGGAGUUGACAGAAAAGAGCGGCUGGCCUCAGAACGGACUCCUGCUCGCUGAGCUCGGCCUGCCGUCCUUCUGGAUGUCCACCAAUCUGGUGGAGGACUGUAACGCGGAGGAAGUGGAGCACCUUAAAUCACUGGUGACGAAUUUACGACAGCUCUGCGACCUCUACGCCAAAUACAACUGCCGCCUCUCGCUGUCGGACUUCGAAAUGGGCAGUACCCGCAGCAUGGCCUUUCUGAUGCUGGACAAGGUCCUCGCACCAGAACUGAUCGCCAGUGUGAUCGAGAGCAGUGUGAGACCCUACGCCCUGGAGCACAGACUGGACCUCGAGCACAUCCUGCUGGACUACAUUAAGGAUUUGCUGGAUUGCUGCAGCUCUCAGAUCACUUCCUUAUUUACAGAAUGGGAAGCCAAAGCCGUGGCUGUGCUCAACUGCAUGACCGACACUAACCUGGUGAUGGAUGCCGUGCUGGAGAUCAUGUACAAGGCUGUGGUUCCCUGGAACGAGACCAUAGAGAAGCUCGUUCAGAAGCAUCUGGAGAAGGAGCACCCCAAACAGGAGCUCUUAAAAGAGAGCUAUCGUUUAAUGGAGAUGAAGAAACUUCUGCGAUGCUACGGAAUUCGCAACCUAACGCUCUCAAACUCCAGAGAGACCAUGAUGCUGGUGCGGCACAUCCUAAAACAGGACCUGGCCACCUCCCUCGAUGAUUCCCUUAAGCUCGCUGAAGCUUAUAAGCUCCACUCGUCUGAAAUCCACUACGCCUACUGCAUUCAGCUGCUGGAAAAGAAGGAGAGGGAGAGAUGCAUCACUCAGCUGAAGAAGCUGCCGCAUGCGGAGGCGGAGCUUGUGAUCGAGCGACUGAUCGGCUGGGCCAGGCUUCAGCUGCAAAACAAGGAGCAUCUGCCUGAGCUAAAGAACCUACAGAUGCAGGUCGCCCAGAUGAUGGUUGAGGCCCUGAAGUACCUGCAGAGCAUCCAGAAAGAGGACGCUUUGAAGAGAAUGCACUGCGAGAACAACCUGAAGAUGUUCACGGCCAUCGCUCACUUACAGGAGGACUUCGACAUCUUCCUGACCCCGGAGGCGUACGACGACCCGGCGGUGCGGCGCCAGUUCAACCAGCAGCUCAUCACGGCGUACGAGAACACCCGGGCCUGGCGCCACUCCAAGAAGAGGCACCCGGACAAGGCUAGCGGCAAAGAGCCGGACCCGAACGCCAAGGCGGCGGUGGCUAACGAUCCUGACGGCAAGACCAAGACCCUGUCCACCCAGGCCGGCCUGCACCGGCUGGCCCGGCACCUGGAGAGGACCGAGCAGGAGCUGUGGGCGGACCUGGCGGAUCGAGCUCUGGAGGCCGGGAACGUGGAGAAAGCUCUUAAGGUCCUCAGCGAGCUCUACGAGCAUCACCCGAACUCGAGCACAGGCCGGGUUCUCUUCAGCACGGCUCAGCGUCUCUGCCAGAUGUUGGAAGACAACGUCCCCAUGGUCCUGCCCGAACGGGUCAACCUCCCAGCGCUCAUCCACAAACUGGCCUGUCAGGCCAUCACCAUCUGCCACGCAGAUCUGUUGCUGGACUGUGUGGAGCUCUGUAAGAGCACCAGAGGUGCCGCGGACGUGUACCGCCAGUGUCAGAUCGACGACUACGGCUUUGUGGUGAAGGACACCGUACUGAGCGCUGAGGAAGACUCCUAUACCGAGACCAGUCUGCAGGACGUGUUUACCGAGGAUGGAAUCGUGCUCGACCCCGUCUCGGUUCUUCCGGUGCAGUAUAAGAUCACCACCAGCCUGCUUCCGCUCUCAGGUUCAACAUUUUAUCCUCUGGGCUGCUCGUGCUUGUCAUAUUGCGCUCUACAGGAAGACACAGACUUCGUGCGGCCGCUGCUGGGCCCCAUGGCGACCAUGCUGCAGAGCCUGCAGGAGUGCAGUCAGCUGGAGCUGGCCUUCAGACUUCUACAGGAGUCGUACGGCAGCAUCCUGCAGCACUUCGUCUCCAACAACAUGGACAUCAGCUUGAGCAUCAAGAUCCAUUCGAACAGUCGAUUAGUUCGAGACAAGCAGACUCUUGAUGCCAUAGAGAAGACGGCGCUCUCCUCCACUAACUUGGUGGUGGUCUCCCUGUUGCAUAAGGUUCUGAACUGGAAGGUGGUGGACUGUGAUUUGGCGAUCGGCCUCUGCACCAUUCUGGGCAAAUCCGACGUGCUGGACAUUCUGUGGAAAAUCAUAACCAACGCCUGGCAGAACUACGAUAAGAUCAUGGCCGUCGCCAUGGUCGGUGCUCAUUUCUGCUCCUUGUAUCGCGACGAUCAAGAGAGGAGGAAGUUCUUGUCGGUCAUCACGGACGCGGCGUGGGGGAUCAGGCUGGGGAAAUUCGGGGUUUCCAUUCAGUCAGUAUUUAGACAGUGUUCGGAGACCAAGAGGAGUCUGAUUCCUGUGCUGGUGAAGAACAGGAACGUCAACGCCGAGAUCCUACAGCAGUACUGCGACACGUACGGACUGGACAGCGACUCGGCCGUGAGCCUCUACAUCACCACCCUGCUGCUGCGGGACAAGGGCGACGACAGAAAGCACUGUGAAGUAGGAGCCGGCGAUUCGGGACUGGCCCAAGGCGACAAGGACGCAGAGCUAGGACACGAGGCCUUAUUGGAACGGGCCCUGCGGAUCGUCCCUCGGCUGAGCUCCACCAGAGACCUGGUCAUCAGUCUACACAUGACGCUCACCAAGCUGAACCCGUACAACUACGCGCGCAUCGAGAGGGUCCUGAGAACCAUUCAGACGGCCGAUGAGAGCACCACGGUUUUACCCCUCAGUCAGAUGUUGGGCUUGCUGCAGCACCUGAAGUCUCACAAGCGCGUCUCUCCGCCCACCGACCUGGAGAACACGUACCUCCUGGAGAACGCUCUGGAGUCCACGCCUCUCGCCGAGACCCGUUUACCGUUUCACCUGCUCCUCCAGACCAACCUGUACUUCUGGAAGAUCAUCUCUCCUGAGCUAAACGAGGAGACCUUACCCACCCUGCUGCUCAUAUCCAAGCUCAUGAAGGUCAGCCUGGACAAGCUGUACGUCCUGACGGUCAACCACGUGUUCAAGAACAAGCUGAUGCCCCUACUGCUGGACCAGACCAAGCGCUCGCAGGCUCACGGCCCCGUCAGAGAGACCAGCGGCGUCAUCCAGAACAUGUUCAGACACGCCCUCUGUAUUCAGAACCCCGAACUGGCUGCGGCCACCAUGCACAAAAUCGCGCAGGAUCUCCCUGCAGGUGCUGAGAAAACCAUGUUUUUGAAGUUCAGCCUGGAGCUCGUCCAGAAAUUGUUGAAGUCCGACGCUUUAGAGGGCGAGCUCCAGACGAGGGGCGAGAUGCUCACGUCCAAGCUGCAGCUGCAGUACCAGCGCUCGGCCACGGAGAACGCCCUCAUGGCCUGUCAGCUGGACUGUCCGGAGCUCCUGAAGCUGACCGGACUGCCCGGCCGGCUCAUCGUGGCUCUGUUCGAGCACGGCUCGGUGGUGGAGCGCAUGAAGAGUCCCGCUGGACAGAUCUACCCAGACAUUCACACAGUGGCGACAGAGAUCGCCUCCAUCAACGGGGUUGAUCUCCUGAAGAUCCGGAACAUUCUCCUGGAGAAGUGGCUUUGCAAAACAGACCAACCGAAUGGCAAGGACAUCCAGUACCAGGACUCUGCUACUGAUAUAACUGAUGAUCCUGAUCUCAUGAGGGUGGUGUAUUUGCUGCAGAUGCACCCCAUGGACAUGAGCGCCCGUUUGCUUAGUCCCAUCUUGACUGCAGAGACCUGGCCGUUAGGAGGAUCGGGUCUCAGGUUGACCUUUGAGCACCGGAGCAGAGCUCUGCUCUGUCUCAUUCACAUCGCGGACGCGGCUACGUUGCAGGCGCUGUCCCACACGCCCAGAGAUAAAGUCAAGCACUACCUGAAGUGCUACGUGUACCUCUCUCAGCUGGAGGCUCUCAAUAUCCCCUACAACCUGGAGAUGUUUCUCAGUAGCCCAAAGGAAGGCAUGAUCAAGGGCUUAUGGAAAAACCACAGCAACGAACCUCAGGCUGUGCGUCUGGUCGCAGAUCUUUGUCUGGAGUACGAGGUGUACGAUCCGCAGCUAUGGAGCGGCGUGCUGCAGAAACUUCUGGUCUUUAACAUGAUAAGCAGCCUGCAGAAGAUUCUGGAAACUCUACGAGCAGUCCCCAGCCUUUUAGAGAUGCCCAGUUUUUCCAGGACGUGGCGGAGUGUCGUUUUGGCCCCCUUCAUGACAGCAUCUCUUCCCCUGAGCCCACAUCAACAGGCCACUUUCUACAAGACCUUCGUUCUCCUGCUCAAAUGCCCGUUUCUGUUGAAUCUGGAUCUGAUCGGCAUCGCCAAGCGCUUCGCUCAGUUUAACCUGAUGGCCUACUCUCUCGGGACCCUCCUGCUCAUCCCCUGCUCCAAGAAGAGGGAGCAGCAAAUCCAGAGCUUCCUGUUGUCCUGUAACCCCACUGUCAUCCUGGAUCAGCUGGAGGAGAGUAUGAAGACCGGAGAGCUGGCCGGAAUUCCCUCUCAGAUCCGGGACACGGUCCUGACGUUCCUGUUCCAGAGCGGCCGCUAUCGGGGACUGAUGAAGAGCGAGCGCCUGCGGCCGCUCAUGAAGCAUUUGGUGUUGAAGGCUCGGACGGACCAGGUGGACGAGCUGCUUCGUUCUCUGCUCAGUCACGACAGGAAGGACGACGCUGUUGGUCUGGCUCAGGAAUACGUGAGAUGCAGGGAGCUGAAAGGAGGCUCGAGCUCACCGAGCGCUGCUGGUUCUGAUCCAGUCGUGGAGUUUUUGACACAGACGAUGGAGUCUCGCUGUUGACUUAUAAAUAAUAUAAGAAUAUAAAAGAACGGCUUUGUAUUUGCACUUUUUAUACUUUAAAGAUUAAUAAACGUUGUGUUUCCCAAAAUGA